AAAUAACUCAACCCAUCCCAGUCAAGCUUAUAAUAUUUUUUUAUUUUGGGGGGAAAACCAAACGGAUCAUAUUCGUAAUCUUAUCAAACCAGAUUCUCUCCGUCCCAUAUCGGUCAAUCAUAUACCAUUUUGGUCCAACCUAUCCUUAAGAGGAGAGGACCAUUCACUUAUCUUCACCUUCUCCGGUGAAUCACGCCGGCGCGUGGCUUUGACGAUGAAUCGGGUUUUCUCAACGUUGUUGUAUUGGCUGGUGAACCACCCGACAAUCCUCGGUUUCUCAUGGAACCCUGGUCAAACUCUCGGCUCCUCUCCGCUUUUUCUCUCCCUUUCCGUUCUCGCUUACCUUUCCCUUACUUUCCUCAUCUCUCGUCUCCUCUCGCUUCCUCCCGUCAGCUCAAAGAUCCUGAAACCCAUCACCGCCCUCCACAGCCUCACCCUUUUCCUCCUCUCCCUCCUCAUGGCCACGGGUUGCACGCUAUCCGUCUUCUUCCACCCGCCACCUCUCCUCCCCCGCUACGCCAUCUGCUUUCCUCCCAAUACCCCUCCCACUGGGCCGCUUUUCUUCUGGGCCUACAUCUUCUACCUCUCCAAGCUUCUCGAGUUCAUUGACACCCUCCUUAUCAUCAUCAGCAAAUCCUUCCAACGCUUGACUUUCCUACAUGUCUACCAUCACGCAACGGUGGUGGUUAUGUGCUACCUCUGGCUCCACACAUCGCAGUCGUUGUUCCCCAUUGCGCUGGUCACCAACGCGACGGUGCACGUCAUAAUGUACGCGUAUUAUCUAUUGUGCGCGGUGGGUGUGCGGCCCAGAUGGAAGAGGUUGGUGACGGAUUGUCAGAUUGUGCAGUUCGUGUUUAGCUUUCUGGUUUCGGGUUUGAUGCUGUAUGAACACUUUGCGGGUUCGGGUUGCUCCGGGAUAUGGGGUUGGUGUUUUAACGCCGUGUUUAACGGUUCUCUUUUGGCUCUUUUUGCUGAUUUUCAUGGGAAGAGUUACGCCCGCAAAAAGGCUACGACUAAAGAUAAGAAGAGCUCAUGACCUCACAAAUUCGGAUUUAUUUCAUACUUUUUUUUUUUUUUUUUUUUUUUGAAAAAAUUUGGUUGAAUAUAAGUCCGUCCUCAUUUUCAGAAAGAAUCCAUUCCUCACAAAAUUUUCUUUUUGAA